AUGACGUCCACCGCGUUCAACCCAAAUAUUCACUUCCCUUAUCCUUACACCGAUAUUCAUCCCGACUCCAUCAUACAGACAUCAGAUGAGGUGUUAUUUCAUGUCCAUCGCGACAGGCUUCAAACCCGAUCCCGCACGGCUUUCGACGGUCUAUUCACAGAUAACAGCACCGUCGGGCUGAACAGGUCGUUAGUUGUCUUCUUAGUCCCAGAAGAUGCUACAGUCAUGAACUGCGUUCUCCAUAUCCUAUACGGCACAUCAUCGCGCAUCUACUGUCCCGACUUUGAAACUAUCGCUCAGGCAUUCGAGACUCUCCAAAAGUACGGUUGCCGGCUCUCCGAAUGCAUUCCCCAGGACUCCGAGAUUUUCACCGACCUCGUCUGCCAUGCGGCAGAACCCAAUACGGAUGCGCUGAAGGUUUAUACGCUGGCAGCUUCACACGAUUUCGAAGAACUUGCCGUCCAGUGCUCUUACUACGCACUUCGCAUCCCCAUCAGUAGGAUCGAUGAAGGCAGCUCUAUCAUGAUGGGGCCGCUGUAUCUGCUUCGCUUGUUGCGGCUCCAUGCGAGUCGAAGAGCUGCGCUUCACAGAUUGCUUAUGGAGCCACCAGAGCGUCAUGAAGAUACGCCGUUUUGCAACUGGAGGAGGCAAAUAGGGACGACAAGGGCAUAUGGUCUGAUCGCCGGCUACCUGACCUGGGAGGCACCGGCAGAUGCCAGUGCAACGUGGAUCACUACCGCUUUUGAACGGGUGAUUCAGUGUGUGGAGUGUCCUCGUUGCCAGAUCAAUUUAUGGGCAAGAGUCUUGGGAGUUAUCAGGGGCUGGAACGAUGUGAAGAAGACAAUUUAA